CGAAUGCGGAGGAUGGAUGGGGAGAUCCUUCCAAAUCUAUUUGGAGGGAGGUUGGCCAGCCACCUACUCCUCUCAAUAGUCUCCAAGCAUGUCUCGAGCAUGCGAGCAGUGGUGCAAUUCGUGGGCUCUUCAUACAAUAUCCCAACUUUCACGAAGCUAAUUCACCCCCAGGCUCUCUCAUCCUCGCCGGAGGUAUCCGCGCAGGCGUUAAUGCUAUACUCCUUGUCCUCAGAAUUCCUCGCUCGCCGCGGAAGUUACGCUUUCGAAUGAUACUUUACGCCAUUUUUGGUGCUUCUACUCUCCGUUUUGGGGCGAUGCUUGGGUCUUUCACAUUCAUUUAUAAAUUUGUCCUAAACAGUCUCCCUCUCCUUCCAAUGGAUGCCCAGCUUGCAAUUGCCCAGUUUUUCUCAUCUAGGGAUCUGAGCGAGGCCUUCUAUUCAAAGUCUUAUGGAGACUCGCCCUUGGAUAGUGGUUACGAACUUGGCAUACCCUUGCACAAACCAAGAUCGAGACUCGAGAGACUGAAAGCUGAGACGAUUGCCGAGGAACCCAGGAAGAAAACCUCGCUAAGCUUGACCGGGAAGUUCAAUUAUUCGAGAAUACAUGUCGCAAGAUGGCAUGCGUUCGCAGCGGGUGCUUUUGCUGGAUUUAGCGUUCUGUUCCAGAAGGGAGAACAAAGGACAAUGGUUGCUCAGCAGAUGUUCGUUAGAGGGUUGCAAGGUUCCUGGAAUGCUUGGAGCCCAAGAUGGGGAAUACAUGUGCCUUACGGGACCUUUGUUGUCUUUGGUCUAUGUUGCGGUCAGAUCAUGUACUCUUUCUUGCUUCGACCCGAUGCCAUUCCCGAGUCAUACAACCGAUGGAUUCUGAGGGCAUCGAUGGCCAAACCGGAAAGUUUCCCCAUUAAUCGCUCAGCAUAUCGAAAAGGCACAUUCCCUAUCGAUGCGAUGGAAAAGUUGAUGAAACGUCCGGACAACACUGCGUAUAACUUGUCUGUCAUGCAAUCCAUGGUAGAGAGAGCUAAACAGGGGGAUUUCUCUAACGUACGCAUCACAUGCGAGACUAUACAUCCUUGGAUUGAUAGCUGUCUCUACGUGGAAGUGGAUCGGUUCAUCAAAGUCUUUUCCUGGAUGUUUCCAGUUUACGGUGCUCUGCAUUUCAUUCCAAUGCUCCUCUUUAGAAGAAAAAUGUUCAUGAGAGAACCCCUCCUCAUGUUAUUGAAAAGCUUCAAGGGAACAGUGAGAAGCUCAACGUUCCUAUCCGUUUUCGUCUUCAUCUUUCAGUCACUUCUAUGCAUCAGAAUUCAAGCGUAUCAGUCGAAGUGGGCUCAGCAACUGAUGAGCCGGAAAUUCCGUGACGCGCUAUUUAUGUCUCGCAUAUCUUGGUGGCUCUCAGGCUCCAUGUGCGGUCUUGCUUUAUUGGUUGAGGAGAAGCGGCGUCGCGCGGAACUUACCAUGUAUGUCCUUCCACGAAGCCUGGAGAGCGCAUGGAGUAUGCUCAGGGGAAAGGGAUGGUUGCCGAUCAUACCUGGCGGAGAAAGUUUGCUUUGUUCUCUUGGAAUGGGGAUGAUGAUGAGCACUUAUCAAUGCGAUCCAGAACACCUCUCGGGACUUAUUCGUCGAGUAUUGUAUCAAUUCAUAGGGCCAAACUAAUUCCCAGUCCUCGUUUCUUAUGGGAUUUACUUAUGCGUGUUCUACUCGGAUGGGAUGUAUUAUGGACGCAGUGAGCAUUAAUUGAUGCGAGCAAAGGAUAGCGGCAAGGAACAGGCUCUGACUUGAUACCUAGAGGAUGCAGAGCAUUCUUCGCGAUGGUCCAGUGGUGUGUGAUACAGGCUUUUGUAUUCAAUCUGCAUUCUUAGACUUUGCUAAUUGGGAGCUCCGGUUUUAUUGGUAUCGAGGAAGUCCCUUGUUUAUUUUGCGACACUCAAUUGGGCAUAUACAGACAUUCGGU